UUUCUAUCCCCACCGCAAUACGCAAGUAGGAUGGCGCUCCACACGACCACCGCCCGGCUGAUCUCGGCUGCCAAGAGCGCUCGUGUUCUCCGCCAAACGUCCCGCUUGACUACGGCCACAUUACCGUCUAUCGUCCGCAGCAAGAUUAUGCCACGUGUGUUGUCGUCCCCAUUCAAGCCUCACACUGUGUCGCCCGCCGCACUAUUCGUCCGCGCGUACUCUCAACCUGCGGUAGCCCGAGGGUUGGAAAAGCCCAAGACGUCAUUGCUCCUCGAGACAAACGACGGUCCUGGAUCGCUUCAAGAAGUGCUCAAGUUCUUCUGGAAGCACGACGUAAACAUGGUGCACAUUGAGUCCCGACCAACCAAGGGACCAGCCCACGACUACGCCUUUUUCAUUGACUUUGACGGACGACCGGGUGAGCCUGCCGUGGACUUGUUGCUGGAGGACCUCAGGCGCCACUGCAGCAAGAUCAUGGUGCUCAACGACAAAAAAGUGCCGUGGUUUCCUCGCAAAAUUAACGACUUGGACAUGACGGUCAAGACGUUGAACGCUGGCGAAGAAUUGCAGUCGGACCAUCCUGGCUUUUCGGACCCCGUGUACCGCGCCCGCCGCGACCAACUGACCGAAAUUGCUGUCAACUUCCGCCAAGGCCAGUCGAUUCCUCGCAUUGACUACACCCCAGAUGAGGUCAAGACGUGGGGAGUCGUGUACGACCGCAUGGAGGACAUGUGGGCAAAGUACGCCUGCGACGAGUUCAAGUACAUUUUACCGCUCUUGGAAACCAACUGCGGGUACAGCCGCGACAACAUUCCGCAGGCCCAAGACAUUUCCGAUUUUCUUAAGGAGUGCACAGGGUUCACGUUGCGUCCCGUGGCCGGUCUGCUCUCGGCGCGCGAUUUCCUGAACGGGCUCGCGUUCCGCGUGUUCUUUUCAACCCAGUACCUUCGCCACCACUCUGUACCUUUGUACACGCCCGAACCCGACAUUUGCCAUGAAUUAAUGGGCCACGCGCCCAUGUUUGCCGACCCGGACUUUGCCGACUUUUCGCAUGAAAUCGGCUUGGCGUCGCUCGGAGCGUCGGACGAAGAAAUUGAACGCCUGGCGACGUGCUACUGGUUCUCGGUUGAAUUUGGUGUGUGCAUGCAGAACGGUGAAAAGAAGGCGUACGGUGCUGGUCUCUUGUCGAGCUUUGGCGAACUCGAAUACGCGUGCUCGCCGACUCGACCUGCCGGCGGCGAAGACGCGUUCCCCGAGUACCGCCCGUGGAACCCGUUUGAAGCUGCCAAGCAAAAGUACCCUAUCACGACGUACCAGCCCAUCUACUACGUCGCUGACAGCCUCGCGGACGCCAAAGCUCGCAUGCGCGAGUUCACGGAGGACAUGAAGAAGCCGUUCUAUGCCCGCUACAACCCGUACCAGCAGACAAUCUGUGUUGACCGUGCGGUGUCGGUCGAGUCGAAGAAGAUCUAUUAAAAGUUGACAGAGAGAUAUGCAUCACGUUGUGGCAUCUCAUCACUGCGUCACAGUAGAA